AUGGUCCGGGAAACCAGACAUUUAUGGGUGGGAAAUUUACCCGAAAAUGUACGAGAGGAGAAAAUCAUUGAGCACUUCAAGCGGUGAGUAAACGAUCUUAUGCCGAAUAUUUGAUUGAGUAGCCCACAACUGUCUGCAUCUGUCUGCCUGAUUCCCCUGAAAUCAGAAGAUGAUCAAUCCAGGAGCGAAUUGCCCAGGCAGUGACAGUAGCCUGGCUAGCCAACUGCCAGCAAACCAGCAACACAGGCUCACAAAACUCGUGUGAAGAGGAAGUCGAUAGAUAUUCUAGUUGACUAACAUGGACGUAAAAAUUGCAGUCUCAUGACCAACACCUGCAUUUCGCUGUCUUGUAAGCCAUCUUUCCCACACGGUGGACUUGGAAAUAGCCUAUAGUUAAUUACUUUAGCAAAACAGCUAUAGCUAGCACCACUGAAUACUCUUGCCACUGUAGCAUCCUACCGGUUGUGGUGUGUUAAGACAGUGACUUGAAUUGUCUUUCAUUGGUUUUAUGGUUAGCCUAAACUUGCCAGUUGUGGAGAGUGUCUCGUGCAAUGGAAUUCUAACUAAGCAAAAACAAUUGAGGUAGUUUCCAGUUCCGCUGAGACUCACUGCAACAUUGUAGCAAAUCUUGAGGUGGCUUGUGUGAAGUGAUGCAGAGCUGACUUGCCAGUAACAUCAUACUGUGACUGAAAUGGCGUCAAUUAGCCUUAUGUUAUUAAAUGUCAGUGGCUAUAGCAGUUGACUAUCAAAUUAAACUGAAAUGUUCAUUGAAUGUUUGCUAUUAGUUGUUAUUCAAUUGAUUAACAUAACAUUUGGUAUAGAUUACAGUGAUAGCCUACAAUGUCACUAAGAUUUCCCUCCUUUACAUUGGUUGCAUUCAUUAGUUGUGUAAACAAACGACCAUAUGAUAAUCAUAAGCCCUAAUGAAACUGUCAACAUAUAGGAAUAAGAAACACGGCUACAUAUGGCACGGAUCAUAUUCCCUAUUGUAGCUUACAUGUCGAUAUAGCUGAUUUUUUUUUUCCCAACCAUUUUUAACUUUCUAUAAAAACGAUAGGCUGUUGUUGAAAAUAAUACUUUUUCACUACUGAAAUGUAAAGGGCAAUAUUUUUGUCACAUUGUUCCAUUAUUAUUACUUCACAUUGUUAUCAGUAUGUCAAGUCAGAUUUUUGAUGGUAAAGGCUAUCGUUUUUGUGCAUUAAACAUUUCCCAACAUCUGAAUACAGUUGGUUCUUGUUUCGACGCUAUGUGCGCUCUCUAGCUCCAUACUGGCUGCCAAGGAAAAAACGGCCCGCCUAUCUUUCGGUCUAGGCACGAGGAGUAGCCUAAUUAAAAGAUGUGAUAUCCAUAUUAUUUCCUUACGUUAGCUGAAGUGCUGCAUUCAUAUAACAUGGCUGUCUAUCCUGUGUUGUAGGCUAAAUGGCGUAUGUAUUUCUGCCACGAUUUCAAGCGCAGGGUUUGCUAUGCAGGACAUUUAGACAAUAUUCAUCAGACCAUUAUGACUUUGAGAAUAGCCUACAAAAUACAGUCCGAAAUGGCCAAACGGACGCUUAUUUAGGACUACUUUCAUUUAAAGUAAUCCUUAGUCUUUGAUGGUAUUGUCAGAUGCAUGAAUUAUGAUAGCCUAACUGUUUUUCAAAUCUUGCGGGGCAUUUAUGUCAUGCUUAUGAUUUUAAUGCAUUAGUUACAUCAUAGGAAUGUAAUAUGCUUAGGCUAUAACACAUCUAAUAAGAUAAACGGUUUGGACAAUUUAUCACAGACAUUCGAUAUUGUUUGGACUUUUGAGGAUGAAGCAUUUUGUUGAGGGGAAUGAGUGCGCAUGGAAAACACAUUUCGGGGUAGCCUACUCACUGCUCUUCAAGCAGCCUUUAGUUACAGCAAUUGUAACAAGAAGCAGCCACCGUAUGCAGGUGCAUGACAGCUACAUUUGUGAUAGGAGUCAUUGAAGAUGGGGGACGGAAGAAUGAGGAAGCAGCGUCAACGGUUUUCUAAAAUGGCGUCGGAGGGUAUUCAAUGUGGGAACUGGCAUAACACGGAGACAACACUUAUGGCCAUUCUCAGGGUGUCUGUCGGAAAAUAAGCAGAAACAGGUUUAUACUCUUGUUUUUAUUGAAUAGAAAAAAACGUGUUCCAUGGAGUAGCCUAAGCUCUCCAAGACGUUGGCAAAUAACUCCAAUCAGAAAUAACAUCCAAUCACGAUUUUCUUUCUCCAGUUGUUUUAUAAAAGCCAUAGGCUACAAUGGAAAUACACUUUCAGGCAGUAAUCCAUUUUAAUUAUAGGCUACAUUCAAGGUAACGAUUGAAGUCACGUUUUCACAUUUUCAAAUAUAGGAAAAAAAGAAUUUUUCCUGUAUUUCUCUUAAGCAAGCCUUAUUGGAAUGCCAAAUGAAAUUGUCCCAUAUAGCAUAAAACAUAUUGCACCCACAAGCAAGAGCAAACCAGGAAAUGUCACGUGUAGUUAUGCUGCAUUGUGCAGACCUCAUCAGAGUUAUGUCUUUGAAUAGCUUAAAGGAGGGACCUUUCUCAUAACUAGAAUACUUCCUCUAUUGAAAAAUGUAUGUAUAGUGCUAUGUGUCAGGAUUUGUUGUUGCUUGGUUACUGUUGCCUGGUGAGGUUGGGAAAUGACAACAGUGGCCUAAUAAAUGUUUUGUAAGGACAUCCCUUUGUGGUUUCCCCUUCCCUUUCAAUAUUAUAAAACACAUAGGUCUACUUGAUGGUGAAGAGUAGGCUCCUUUACCCAUUGACUUCUUUCAAUUUCCAAUAAAACAUGGCAUACAACUUAAAUCAAUUAAUUAUUUGUUGCUGUUGCUGAUUUCUUUUUCUUUUAAUUCCCCCUUUCCUCCAUAGAUAUGGACGGGUGGAGAGUGUCAAGGUCCUUCCAAAGAGGGGGUCAGAAGGUGGAGUCGCAGCCUUUGUGGAUUUUGUGGACAUUAAAAGUGCUCAGAAGGCUCAUAAUUCUAUCAACAAGAUGGGGGACAGAGACCUGCGCACUGAUUACAAUGAGCCGGGCACAAUCCCUAGUGCUGUGAGAGGGCUGGACAAUAGCCUGUCCUUAGGCUGUCGUGGGCGGGAUGUUUCAGGGUUCACAAGGGCGGCAGGGGGCCUGGUGUAUGGGCCCCCUGCAUUGCUCCACAGCAGAGAGGGACGCUAUGAACGCAGACUAGACGGGUAAGUGGACAAAGUUUCUCUGAAGGCAGGGGGAACUUCGUUUCUUGUAACGCCUUACCCCCAAGCAUUUUCCACCAUCUAUUCAUUUACUUGUUUGGGGGAGAAAUAGGGGAAAAUGAAAGAAGUUCAUACGCAGGAAUAAAUCUGUAGGCAUCCCUUACAAAGUCCUCAGAGCAUCGCCAUCGCUCAUGGAUUGAUAUGGUAGACACCAAGAUAUACUGUAAAUGAGCAUGUAUGUACAUCAUGCACACAAUUGUAUUUCUAUGUGUGUAGUAAAUAGCGUAUUGGCUGUUGGGGAUUAUCUUUGUAAAUUUAAACAUUCCUGUGAGGUGGAUAUCCCAUUUGCAGAGAGUAUGGGGCAUAUUGGAUAUCGUAAAAUUGCCGGGAUUAAUGGAUGCUGGAGAGAGUUUGUUCCAGCGGUCUUCCCUGGGAUCGCCCUGAUCUGGAGUACCAUGCCCUCCUUGGUGGAUUAAUGGGUCAUUUUCAUAUAACAAUUCAACCAAGAAUAUAUAUUUACACAUUAAAGACGCAUUAAUUAGUUUUUGGAUUAGUAGAAACUGGGUCUUGAUCAUUCUGCACCCAUUCCAGUGGUGUUUUCAAAUGCAUCACUUCCCUUGUGGUCUGGAGUCAUGUGGAUAACCUAAACCGGAUAUCUAUUCCCCUGUUGGAUUAAAACUGGCCAAUCACAAAAGGAUAUUCUAUCAUUCGAUAAAGUUAUGGGUUUUCCGUUUUUGUGUGGGAUUAUGUUUGAUAUAAGGUCUUAAGAAUUAAAUGCUGGGAGACCUCUACUGUUGAUCAACUUUGUAGAGAAACGACAGAAACAUUGAGCAAAUUACAAAGUGUUUUUAUUUUUUAUUCUAACUAAUUUUGUUGGUGGUUCAAAUUAUUUUUUUGCUAUUUUUUGCUCUUGAAAGAGUGAGACUGUCCAAUGGAUGUAGGGGGAAGCAUUAAACAGAAUCAUGUAUCUGAGGAUUGGACUAUUUUUGGACCAUACAAAUCAAUACAAUUACAUGGAAAUAUGGGGGUGAAGAACAUGGAACUGUGGAUGUCAGUGCCAAUACCUGUCUUCUGUCAGUGGAUUACCUGCCUCCUGAAUAUGGAACUACAUCUGUCCAUCCUUGGAUACAAUUAUUCCCAGAAUCAGAACAGACAACAUCCUGUCAACUUCUUACCAAAGAAUACGCCUAUUGCCUUUAAGGGAACUGUACAUGUUAGGGAGAAUCAUUGGGUGAACUGGAUUACUUCUGGCAAAUAAACGGUGUUACGAUCAGAUAUUUUUUGCUUCAAUGGAUCUAGUUGGACUAUUGCUAAAUUUUGCACACAGAAUGUGACGGACUAUUAAAGAUGAAAGACUUUUCCAAUAAUCGUGUGCCAUGAUGUUCCAGACUCAUUGCUCAUGGGGAAUCAAUAGAGCACUGUUUACAGAAGCUGGACAAUUGGAUAUCAUUUCUUGAUUUGACUGGACUCUGUUGCCUUAUUUUCCAUGAUUUGAUUUUUAUCAGUUACAUUUUAUGAAACCAUUUUUGAAAGGAUAGUUUAGUCCUAUGACUAUUUUCCACCACAGUAGAAUCUUGUUACAAUUGGAUUAGAUUUUUGGAUUAUCUGAUAUUCCUGCCCCUCAAAGCAAGUGAGGAUUCCCGCCAAACUGACGAGGAUUACUAUUUUGAACAUAAACCUACCUAUCCUGUGUGUGCUUUUCUCUGUGGAUAUAUUUUUACAUUGACUCUUUUUUGAAUUAGCAUUGCAAACAGCUGCUUGGAACAAUGUAUUAUAAUCUUGGCUGCAAGGACUUUUGUUUGAACAUAAACCUACCAGAAUGUUUUUGAUCCAUUUUUAUGCCCACCCUAUGAUUUUUCCUUUUUUUGCUCACAAAGUUCUGUCUCCCUAGAUUGUAUUUGGAAUUGUAGGUCGGGUUACCGCUGUCUCAAAAGGUUGGUAUAUCCUGCCCUGUGUAUUUUAGCUGUUCUCUCUAACCCCUAGUUUGAACCCCUGUCUCUCUCCAUAUUUUUCACUAACAGAAGUAACUGUUAAAUAUACUGUUUAAUUGCUUGUUGUUAUUUGCAGACUCUGUACUUUUUACCUGCUGUCUCCCCUCACCUUGAACCUACCCUGCCCACUUCCCAGCUCCUAAUCCCUGCUCUCCCUGGUCAAUAGUACCACGUUGCUGAGGCAUUUUUCACAUUAAGUGAAAAAUGUAAAUAUAGGCCAGAUCAUUGAAAACAGAGGAGUCAUGCACCUCCUCUGAAUGCUUUUUAAACCAUGAACAAUUACGUCAGAUUUAAUAGUUGCAUUAGUUAAUCAAAAUCAGAUUAUAUUCAACCCAAUUUGAAUUGCUAUUGUAUAUUACAUUUUACUGUCAGAUUUGCCACAACUAAAGGGUUUAUGCCAAUGUUUAGAUAGCUAGUCUCUCAUUUUGGUCUUGCUACAUGAUUGUUAGUAGCCUAACCUUGGAAACUUGGUGUCAAUUCCAUUUUCUUCUGAGCCCAAGAGCAGGAUAACUCCAGGAACAGAUUCCUGAUGUAGCAACCCUAAUUGUCACAAUUUACAAUGUUGCAUGUAAAACCAGAGAACUGGGAUUAUUAUUUUUAGUUUGUUGUUAUUGUAGGGAGCAUGAAAUAUUUACACUAACGUCACAGUUUUUACAUGAUACUGGCAGCCGAAAAGUAGCUAAAAAUGAGGCAGUGCCAAAUAACUGUUAUUCCUUAUAAGGCUAUGGGCAGUGCAUGCACUUGACAGGAACACACCUACCACAGUAGCUAGCUAGUAAUACACUCGCUGUAUACAUUACCAGCAUGUGAUGGUAAUAAACAAUUAUAGAUACAAAUCCUGCCUUAAUAGGUAUAAUUAUUUUAGGAUUCAUGAUUAAUUCAAAUACCAUGAGUGUCAGGACAAUGGAGACACUGUCAUUGUACACACAUUUGAGAUUCAAAUAUUCAGAACCUAUUUUGGCACUAACGCGGUUCUGUCCACAUUUGGACUAAACAGCAUAGUUGCAAAUAUCUACAUGGAGGAGUUCGCAAAACUUUGAGUCCAAACCAUAGAGCAGGGAUCAUCAACUAGAUUUUGCCACAGGCCAAUUUUAUUGAUGAGUGGAUGGUCAGGGGUCCGGAAAAUAAUUUCAAAUAAUUUGUAGACUGCAAAUUGACCGCAAGAAGCCCAAACGGAUAUAAUAUAAUAUUUGACAAAAACAUAAUAAUGUCAAACCUUGCUUGCAUUUGUAUACGAUCACGUGUCUCUCUAUUAUGCGUGGGAAUACUUGGGAACAGAUUUCCAAAAUGUUAAUUCACUUGAAGUGGAUUUUCCUGGUGUUUUUAAAGUAUUUUAUGUCCAACAUAUAAAACAAGCCACCGGUUGGAACCCUGCCAUAGAGAAUGAUAGAGGCCUCUAGUGACCAUAAGGCUGUAUUAGCAUGGGCAGCGCCAUUAAGGGCUUCCACCAUUUUAAUUGAGUCAACUGGGUGGGACUUCCAACUUCAUUGGCUGAUCCCUCAUGGUGACCCUGUUGGAGUCAUGUCCAACCAGGUCAUCAGGAGGGAUCAGCCAAAUGUGAAGAAGAAAAUUUACUACUUAAAAAUGGAGAUAGCCUCAAUGGCGCUGCCCAUGCUAUCACAGAUGGUAUAAUGGUACAGAUAGAAAGAGGAGACCUCUAUCUAGCUCCAUUGUCCAAACAUAUCAUGCAGCCAUGCAAAUCUACCUGAAAACAUAAAACAUGUAUGUAUUUGCUAACAGAAAAAAAGCUAGCAGGCUCAAUUGUUAAGGAAUAGCUAAUUGCAAAUAAAAAUGUACAUGAUUUUUCCACUUAAGUUGACUGUUUUUGAUUCACCCAGAAUGGUUUUGAUAUGUAUUUUGCUACUUAAUAGCUAAACCUCAUUCAGAAAAUGUUUUAGGUUCCUGUCCUUUUAGCUACUUAAUGUAUCUAAAACAACUUGCAAACACUCCAAUCCAAACUCUCUUCUGAAUAAUUUUUUUGAAAAGUCACUUAAUUACGCAAAAAUCUAUUUUGUUCUGAAGGAAGAUCCACUCCACCAGUUUGAGAACAGGCAGUACUAUAUUGUAUUUUGCAAUUCGCAAAUGCCCCAUUGGCCAUUCUUCUUAAAGUAACAUUAGUCGUGGUUUUGAAACUUUCUAAUUGUGACUAACCAAUCAUUAUACUUCUGUCAUACUCAUCACUUUAUUCGGAAAGGAAUUUAUGGUAAAGCUUCAUUUUACAGCUAGCUAUGUAUUGGGGAGUAAUUUGAAAUUAGAUCGUAAAUUGUAUAUUCGUUAUACUUCGGUUUCUUUGAGAUUCAUAGACUCAAGCGUAGUAAUGUACCAGGUAGUUACCAAUUGUGUUUAAUUCCUUCAGGUACAGAAGGAAAGUAUCCAUUGUUAUCACAGUCUCUUAUGCCAUGUAAAUAAGAGGUACCAUCUUAAACCAGGCUGUAUAAAGUGUUGCCGAAGUUACACAGCCAGCCCCUUCUAAAUUGCGGCUCAAUAAGUCACAGAUUCAUCUCAUACGUAUGAAAACAUUAACUAAUCAUCUAAGUGUAUUUCCUACAUUGUAAACUCAGUGGGGACGCCCUGUUUUGUGUUCUAUUUUCAAGUAGGCAUGAAUUGGGCUUUUUUAGUCCUCUGCCUUAAUUCACACCAUUGAAAUAUUUGUUGAUAAUUCAUCACCUCGCUAACUCACGCAUUUUUGAUGGACCUCAACAGCCUCCUUACUGAGGUGGUGGUGUGCCUGCUAUAAGAACAUAAAUGAGUACAAUUGUAUUCAUUAGUUAUCAUUUCAGUGUACCUAAAAUCUUUCGAUUGGGAUUGGAAUGGAGUGUUUGUUCUGUGUUUUAGGCCAUUCCAACAUAGAUGAAGGCUGUCACACCUUGACAAGCUACCAGUUAGGAGGUCUGGUGAUUUUCUACUUUAGAUAGCAAGUUACAGUAUCUUGCAGGAUAAUCCUCAGAAACUGCUGCAUUGUACUGAUUACAUAAUUGAUUAUGGAUAAGCGCGAUAUCUUUCUAGCUAGCAGCUACCCCUGUGAACUUACCUAAAAGCUAACAUAACGAAUUGUGCAUUAACAUUAUGAUUUUAAUUGCACAAUACAGUGAAAAACGUGUAAUUGCGAUAUUUUAGGAUUAUCAUAAUAUCUAAAUCUAAUCCUGGACAUCCCUAAUGAUAAGUUAACAUGCAAGCUCAGUAGAUUAAUAUUGAGCUAUCAACUACUUGUCUGGUGCCUGAAAUGUUUGUCAGUUCCAUUUAAAAAUGGAUUCCAUACUUUGAAAUAGCUUCCCGUCAAGAAUAUUUGUUGUAUUGUUAUUAGAGUUGCAAAAUAUAAACUGGAGUUAACCAUCAUCUUUGAUCUGUCUGAUCAUGCACCAUUAAUGUACGGCUGUCCAGAAUAGGAUAUAUAUAUUUUUUAAUAGCGUUAGGUUUUAGCACUACAUCCAUUGAAGUCCCCAGACUCUUGUUUUUGCUCUCUAUUAUAUGGGUCAUAAGAAUUAUAUAGAAACUAGUUUUCUUUUUCUUUUUCUUUUCUGUCGAGCACAUGUAAUUCCAUGUCCAAAAUAUCUUCAUUACGUUUUCCAAUUGAGAAGAUUUGGAUGUUCGUCAAACAAUAGAAGAAAAAGAAAGUCACAAACAAGUGAAAGAUUAAUCGCCAUGCAUAGUUGUUCAAUUUAAUUUAAAUAGAAAUCAGAAAGUAUCUGCAUAAAAGUGACAAAUUCUGCAAAAAUAAUGAGCAAUAUUAAUUAAUGAGAAUUGUUUACAAAUAUCUAAAACUAAAUAUCUUGCUUAAGUAAAGUAUGAUAUAUCAAUUGAUAUGUUUACUGUAUAUUUUAAGUCUCAAAUAAACAGAAACUUCCUUUGAAUACUCAACUUGACUGCUGUCUUAGUUAUUUGAUAGCCUGAUACACUUUUAUUUACCACCUUGUGAAGCUCAACUAGUUGACUACUAAUUAGUGUCAAAAAGCAUAACGUCUCUCUCUCUCUCUCUCUCUCUCCAUUUCCUCCUUCCAUCCCUCUCCCUGUCACUCAGGACUGCUGAAAGUCGGGAUCGAGCAUAUGAUCACAGUGCCUAUGGACAUCACGAGCGUGCUGGCAGUAGCUUUGACCGGCAGCGUCACUACGAAUCCGACUAUUACAGAGAUACCAGGGAGAGAACGCUUAACACUGGCUCUGGCACUGCCAGUGGAGGUGGUGGGGCCGUCUCUGCAGGGGUCGUUGGAGGAGUUGUAGGUGCUGGCGUCAGUGCCUGUGGAACAGGUGGUGGGGCUGGGGCUGGAGGAAGUGGAGGAUCUUCAUCGGUUGGUGUGGGAUAUUAUCGUUCACAUAGCCGGAGCCCGAGCCACUUUGAUACACCAGAGCCUCAAUAUGAUACUCGACCCAGAGAACCCUUUAUACUGGCCAGCAUAGUUCACAGGGAUCUGUACCAAGAAGAGCGGGGUCGACGUGGAGAUCGAUCUUACCCCGAUAGUUGCAGCCGGUCUCCACACUCUUCACAUUCACGUAACCUCUCUCCACAAAGGUUGGCGAGUCAGGCAACCUGGCCUCCCGGCUCACACAGUGGCUCCGGCUCUCGCAGUCGUUCCUCCAGUUCCAACUCUGCCAGCAGCACCAGCAGCAGCAACAGUGGC